AAGUGAUGCAUCAAUCUCUCCACUGUGUGUCUCUCUGUGAUCCUGGAGUUCAUGUGUUUCUCAUCAUUAUUCCUCUUGGUCCACUGACUGAUGAAGAUAAAGCAGAAGUACAGAAGAUCAAGAAGAUGUUUUACUCCAGCAAGAACUUCAUAGUGAUCUUCACAUCUGAUCUCACUGUUGAAAAAAAUCUGACAGAUUCUCUAAAAUCAUAUCCUGAAUGUCAGAAUCUGAUCAGUGUCUGUGGAGGACGAUACCGAGUGAUUGGAUUAAAAGAACAUGAACAAUCAAAACAAAUACCAGAACUGCUGGAUUAUAUAAAAAACAUGAAGACUGAACCAUAUACACCUCAGAUGUAUGUCAAAGCUCAAGAGAUGAGAGUGAGAGAUGAAACUAAAGAGGAAUAUAAAGAAAAACUGAGCGAGUUACAGCUAAAGAUCAACCAAUGUGGUAUUAAAGAUGAACAGGAAGAUCUGAAGCAUUUAAGGAUUGUUUUAAUCGGGAAGACAGGAAGUGGAAAAAGCGCAACAGGAAACACAAUACUGGGAAAAAAUGAGUUUCUCAGCCGAUCAAGCACAGAUUCAGUGACGUCUGUUUGUGAGAAGAGAGUUGAUGAAGUUGAUGGUCGAUCAGUCGCUGUUGUUGAUACUCCAGGUCUGUUUGACACAAAAUCACAAAAAGAACAAGUGUUGGAGGAAAUCAUGAAUUGUGUUUCACUGUCAUCACCUGGACCUCACGCCUUCAUCAUUGUGUUAAGUUUGGGUAGAUUCACCAAAGAAGAAACAGAGACUAUAGAUCUGAUGAAGAAGAUCUUCGGUCCAAAUGCAGCACAGUUCAGUGUUGUUCUGUUCACAAGAGGAGAUGAUCUUGAGGGUGAAUCUAUAGAGGAUUAUGUGAAAAGCAGUACAUCUGAGGAACUGAAUAAACUGAUCAGAGACUGUGGAGACAGAUAUCUGGCCUUUAAUAACAGAGACAAACAAGACAGAACUCAAGUGACUAAACUGAUAAAGAUGAUAGAAGAGAUGAAAACAACAAAUCAGGGUCGAUAUUUCACUAACAGCAUGUUUGAAGAAGCAGAGAUGAGCAUUCAAAAGAGAAUAGAGGAAAUACUGAAAGAGAAAGAGAGAGAAAUUCAAGAUGAAUUAAAAGCCAAAUAUGAGAUUGAAAUGGAAAACAUGAAGAAGAGAUUGGAGGAAGAGAAAAGAAAAGCAGAUGAGGAAAGAGUGAAAAUUGAAAAUAAAUUCAAGGAAAAAGAAGAAACUCUGAGAAAAGAAUUUGAGGAGAAAGAAAAAACAGAAGAGCAGAAACGAAAGAAAGAGAAACAGAAACAAAUAGAGGAGGAAAAACAACAAAGAGCUGAAUAUGAUCAGAAGAUAGAAGAGAUGAAGAGAGAGAAUGAACAACAGAGAUCACAGUAUGAAAAAAGAGAGAAAGAGAGAGAAGAGGACGAUAGAAAGAGAGAAGAGAAAUACAGACAAGAUCAAGAGAAGAUGAAAGCUAAAGAAUAUCUCAUCAUACAGUUACAGAAGAAACAAGAGGAGGAGAAUAAAAAGAGAGAUUUAGAUGAACAGAAGAGAAGGGAACAAGAAGAGAGAGAGAAACAAGAAUGGGCGAGAAAAAUAAGAGAAGCUGAAAAUGACAAAGAAGAGAUUCAAGAGAAAAUUAAACGACAAAAGAGAGAAUGGGAGGAGGAGAAUAAACGACAGAUGAGAAAACGAGAGGAAGAUGAGAAAGAGAGGAGAGAGAAACAUGAAGAAGAACUGAGAGAAAAACAAGAAGAACUGGAGAAAAUCAGAAAGAAAUUUGAAAGAGAGAGAGAUGAAGAAAGACGACAGAGAGAAGAAGAGAGGCAGAAACAAAGAGAAGAGAGAGAACAGAAAGACAGAGAAUAUGAAAAGAAGAAAAAUGAAAUGAGGAAACAUUAUGAGAAACUGGAGCGAGAGAGAAAAGAGGAGUGGGAAAUAAAAAGACAAGAGAAUGAUGAGAGAAGAGAAGAAGAGAAAAAGAGAUGGGAGAAAAGAAUUGAGGAAAUAAAAAGAGAAAAAGAAGAAGAGACCAGAAGAAUAGAAAGAGAGAGAAAAGACAGAGAAGAGGAAGAGCGAGAAGAAAUGAAGCAGGAACAUGAACAGAGAAUAAAAGAGAUGAAGAAGAAAUAUGAAGAUGAAGCCAGAAAGAAAGCAGAAGAAUUUAAUGAAUUCAGAGAGAAGAAAGAGCAACAUGUUAAAGAACUUAAACAACUGCUGGAGGAAGAACAGAAACAACGUGAAUUACUGGAGAAACGUUAUCAGCAAAACUGUUAAAAAAAGAAGAACCAAAUAAACGGUGUGUCAUUCUGUGAAAGGGACAAAACACAAUCAUUCCAGUCAGUGGCCUAGCAAGUCAUUCCCGGGCCCAUAUGCAAAAAAAAUUACGGGCCCCCUUAAGCCAAAGCCCCCCCCCCAUCCUUGCCUGUUGGCACUUUUAACUGUUGCGCGCAGGUCUGUUAACAACAUAAUACUUUUUAUAAGGUAGUCAAAUAUUUUUACUUUACUUUUUUACUUUAAAGGGUAGAUUUAAAUAAAAAAACGAAAUGUUUUGGGUAGUUUUUGACUCUUGACUAACUUCUCCGCCUUCUCUUUUCUCUUUAAGGCCCAACUUUUAUGUUUAUAUUUGUCCAUCCUUAAUGUAUGUUCAUGUAAAUAGCCGCUAUUGUAACCUCUCACACUGUGUUUUCUUUUUAUUUUGGCACGGCGAUGCAUGUAAAAAAAAUGGUGACAUAGUAGUCUACGGCAGCUGCGAAGUGCAAAAAAAAAUUAUUAACGCAAACAAGAAAUGUUGUAGAAAUUUGACAUUACAGAGAAAUAAGAAAUCACUACACAUGAUAUGCAUACAAAAAUAUGUUUAUUGCGGCCAGAAAUAAACAUUUAAUUGAAAGCUGGGGCGGGCCCAGUGCCGUGCCCCCUAUUGGCCCGGGCCCAUUUGCACGUGCAUACCCUGCAUGCCCAGACGCUACCCCACUGAUUCCAGUAAUACUAGUAAACAUGAUAUUUAAUAUUGCAGUACUGCAGUUAUCACAUUAUACACUAUAUUCUUGAACAUAUAGUCUGACUGAAGUCUGCUUGUACAUGAAACCUAAACCCCUUGAUUGUGAUCGAGGGAGUCAGUGUACUUAUUAAAAUAGCUAUGUUUCAUUUUUUUAAUGCAAGCCUUUAAAUAAGUUUAAAGUUUAAUUUUUAAGUAAACUUACAUUUAAGUACCAGAUAAUCGACAGCUAGCUGUGCAUGUAAUUAUUGUAAUGCCCAUCUUUCUGAAUAUUUC